AUGUUCGGCACUACACUUCUUCUUCUUGCUGCGGCGCAGUUUACCAUCACUUUAAGUGCACCAUCUCCUUUCAAAGCUGAGAGUGCCGAUGUUGCUUCGCUUGAACGUCGUCUGAAUCUUGGACUUGUCUUGCACGACUCGAACGGUGUCCCGACCACAAUCAUCGUUUCAGUCCGUAAGUAUUUGGUAAACCCAUGGUAUUUGAAUGUAAUUGACAACGAGUUGUAGCUCCCGCCUCUGACCCUACCCCAGCCCCCGCCAAUCUCCCCGCAAACAUACCUGCUGGCGGCGUACCAAAAGAGGGAGGCGAAGCCAAACCCAAGGAAGGAGGCGAGGCCAAACCAAAAGAGGGAGGGGAAGGCGAAAAGAAAGAGGAAGAGGAAAAGAAGACUAGAGCCAAUGGGGUAAUGGGUACGCCAUUCCAACUUAAGGGAAACAAUGAGCUUCAAGCAAUCUCAUUCGUAGGCUCAGCAGUAAGUGAUAGCCCUUCCUCGUACCAUGCCGUUACUUCAUUGUCCUUUCACACUAAUACCACCCAGGGAGUCGGAUCAAUGGAGAUUGAAUACCAGAAUAUCGACGGACGAACUCUAACUGUGACCGAGAACAAGACUCCAGGUGCUGCACCUUUGGGCUUCAAACUUAUUGAUCCUUCUUCAUAUGUGGUCGCUUUGGCCGAGGGAUCGUCAAAUAUCACACGUCAACAAAUCGACUAUGUGUUCGACGCUAAAAUUACGCACCCUCCAUCCCGAAUUAUCCUCUAACACUCAUUAACAAAGCACCCUAGAUGAGGCUCUCAAAGCACAGAAUCUUUCAGCUGUCCAGACCGGAAAACUUUGUCGGGACACCAACGCUUUUGUCGUCAGUAGCGCGCUUGGAGAACAAGAGUUUGAAGCUGACGAGAACGAGAGUGUUCUCAAGACCUCCAACAUCGUUAGGGAAUGGGCACUUUUUGUCCCGGCAUGA